AUGUCUGCUGUUCUUGAUGAUAAGCUCUCCCCUGGUCAUGAUGACCUUCAGGCCGGGCCUGAACGGGGAACCAAGCGCAACCGCAUGAGCGCCGAUGAUGAGGACGACGACGAUGACAAGCCUGGUCGUGAGCGUCGCAAGAUUGAAAUCAAGUUCAUCCAGGAUAAGUCGCGUCGCCACAUCACGUUCUCUAAGCGAAAGGCUGGUAUUAUGAAGAAGGUACGCGUGGUUGAGAUUCCCGAGACUCUCCCCGAGGCCUACGAACUGUCGGUCCUCACCGGCACUCAGGUGCUUCUCCUGGUCGUCUCCGAAACCGGACUCGUGUACACUUUCACCACCCCCAAGCUCCAGCCGUUGGUGACCAAGGCCGAGGGCAAGAACCUCAUCCAGGCAUGUCUGAACGCCCCCGACCCCGCCGCCAGCGAGAAUGGCGUCGACGCCCCCGAUGUCGCCCCCGAGGCUCCCGAGGACGUUGCUCACAGCAACGUCAACGCUCCUCAGGGUAACAUGCGUCCUGGCAUGCACCCUGGGUACAUGACCAAUGAGCAGCAGCAGCAGAUGGCCUACUACCAGAACCUGCAGCAACAGCAGCAGCAACAGGCUGGUGGCCAGUACCCCAUGCCCGUCGGCGGCCGCAUGCCCCCGCAGCAUCAACCUACUGCUUAA